GUACCAGCUCCUUACUGCCCUGCAGGCGUUCGUGCUUGUGGCCAAGAGAAAGAGGACGUAAAUUCUUUAAAUCCCAGAAGGUCUGAGGGUCUGUGUUCACAGACAUCUCCAGGCAAGUAAAAGAGGAGGAAACUAUCCCGAAUCGUCUCAGGGAGGGGAGCACUCAGACGGGGGUCUCUGAGGGAAACCGCAACAGCAUGCAAAAAUCCUGCAAAGAAAAUGAAGGAAAGCCCAAGUGCAGCGUGCCAAAGAGGGAGGAAGAACGCCCCUAUGGAGAAUUCGAACGCCAGCAAACAGAAGGGAAUUUUAGGCAAAGGUUGCUUCAGUCUCUCGAGGAAUUUAAAGAGGACAUAGACUAUAGGCAUUUUAAGGAUGAAGAAAAGACAAGAGAGGGAGACGAGAUGGAAAGGUGUUUGGAAGAGAUAAGGGGUCUGAGAAAGAAAUUUAGGGCUCUGCAUUCUAACCAUAGGCAUUCUCGGGACCGUCCUUAUCCCAUUUAAUGCAUUUCUCCCCUGAAUUCAACUAUUUUCUGUUAUUAAUACUGCAACAUUGGUUCCCUUUGUCUGCGUUUUCUUGCUAAAUAUUUGCUACUAUUUUAUUCCAAUCCUUCGGUGUUCCUUUGAUUUACAUAUGACUCGUUACCAUUUCAUCCUUUAACCCAAUCUCACUCAUUUAAUAGGGUUGUUUCAUUCGUUUGCAUGGGAAGAUGCUCAUUGUAUAUUGUAAAGUGAAAAUAAUAUGUUGCA